AUGUCAUCGUCAUCCGAUAGGCCGAUGUCCGUCGCUGCCGGAGACCUGCAGGUGGUUACGGUGGCGGAGAGGAAGGUGAAGGUGCUCCCUCCUCGGCCUCCAGAAUCUUCUUCUUCCACAGCUCUAGUGGAGUAUACGCCGCCCCCACCCAACCCCGAAGAUGAGGACCUGGAGGUGAAACUACGCCGCAUUAAUGAAUGUGUGCCUGUGCGAGUCAACAACACAUCCGGUAGUUCAGCUGGUUCUGGCUCCGGUGACUUCCAUCAGUACAGGCAGAUGAGACGGAAAGAACAAGAUCGGCUUGCAAGGAUGGAUGCCGAUUACCAAAAAAGGAAAGAAAUAACAGAAUUCAUCCAGAGAAGGGAAGAAAGAUUAAAAGCUGCAGAAGAGCGCACGGCAAAAAAGCGUUUCAAACGACAGAAGAAGAAACAAAAGAAGCAAGAGAAAAAGACAAAAUUGAAUGCAGCAGGAGAAGAGCAUAUAAAGGAACAAUCUUCUGAUGAAGAUGGGAACUCAGAAAAUGAUGAAACUGAGUGA